AUGAUCCAGCACCUCGAAGAUCCCACGCAGCUCGUAUGGCUGGUCACAGGUGCCUCAAGCGGUCUUGGACUUGCGCUCGUUAAGUGCAUCCUCGCUCGCGGCGAUCGCGUCGUCGCGACGGCUCGCGAUCCCUCUAAGCUGGACGCGCUCAUGCCCGUUCUCGACGUCUUACCAGGACGGUUGUAUAUCACGUACUUGGAUGUGACGGAUACGUCAGAGAAGAUACAAUCUAUCAUGGAUGCAGCGAUACUGCGCUGGGGUCGCAUCGACGUGCUAGUUAACAACGCCGGCAUAGUCGAGGCCAUUGGGCCCGCUGAGGAGCUUGGGACGACCGAUCUCUUUCGGAGUAACAUGGAAACGAACUUCUUCGGCGUGGUGAAGUGCACGAAUGCGAUUUUGCCGCACAUGCGCGCAAGGCGGGAGGGGACGAUUGUCAUUGUAGGAUCAAGAUCUGCGUUCAAGACUGACGCUCCAGGUAUUGGUGCAUACGGGGCAUCCAAAGCUGCCGCACACGCUUAUGGAGAGACAAUUGCCUCCGAGCUUAGCCGCCUAAACAUCCGAGUUACUAUCGUGGUCCCCGGUCUCUUCCGCACUCCCUUCAACUAUGCCUCUCCGGUUAAGCCCAAGUUUGACGACUACAAUUUCUUUCACGAUCACGCUCCAGCGUACUUGAAGAUGCGCAGAACUACACCAGAAGCGGCUGAUCCAGAGAAGGGCAUGGACGUUGUCGUUGACGUCGUGCGCGGAGAAGGGAGAGCGGUGGGUACGGGCGAGUGGCCGCUUUGGCUUGCACUGGGCGAUGACGCAUUGACCGAUGUCAAGUUCAAGUUGAGUAACAUCGGAAAGACGUUAGCUGUGUGGGGUGACGCUGGAAGGGGUCUAAAGAUUGAGUAA